AUUGACAAGAAGCUUCGUCCUUCAUUUUUUCUGUGGACACUCGAGAUUCCAAUUGUUCUGUUCCAACAUUUCACUUUGUUCAGACCAUAAAAUAGCAACCGACCAUGAAGAAACAACGGAAAAAUGACACAUCAAUCUACUGCCUGUCUACAGGUGCAGCUCUCCCCGAAUGGCUGGGCGAUCGAGCCAAGAGGAAUUUGUCGAAACGAGAUGAAUCCAUUCGUCGCCGCAUCGAAUUGCUGCAGGAUUUCCAGAUGCCAAGUUCCUCGUCGAAACUGGUGCAAUCCGCUGAUGGACGCUACAUUAUGGUGGCUGGAACCUACAAACCCCGCGUACGUUGUUUUGACGUGGACGAUCUGUCCAUGAAAUUUGAGAGAUACGUCGAUGCCGAGAUUGUGGAUUUGGUCAUGCUGGGAGAAGACUACGGGAAAAUGGCACUGCUGCGAACCGAUCGAGUGAUUGAAUUUCAUGCCCCCUAUGGAUUCCACGAAACCGUGCGAAUCCCCAAUAGUCCACGAGGAUUUGCCUACGAAUCGACCACUUGUGAACUCAUGAUUGCCGCCAAGGGGAAUCAAGUCUACCGACUCAAUCUGGAAGAAGGCAGAUUCACAGAACCAAUCACCGUCGAUACAACUGACGCGUCAUCGUCGUGUAUUACAGUGGCUCCCACACACUCACUGGCAGCCAUUGGAGGAGACGAUGGUGUCGUUCGUCUGAUCGACAGUCGAAUCCCCAGUGCGUCGCAAAAACCCAUUCUCCGAUUGGAUGUCCAUGGGUCUGCCAAAGCACGUAUUUCAUCGUUUGGAAACGCUCCGAUUGUGGGAGCCUAUUCACAACCCACCAAGGAAAUUACGUCCGUCACAUUUGAUCCCAAUGGAUUGUACAUGGCAUGUGGCACAGCAGGAGGUCUGGCGGCAGUAUACGAUGUACGGUCCAGUCGUCCUGUGGUCAUUCAGGAACACAAGAAUCAAACAUCCAUCUUGCAAAUGAAAUUCCAUUCUCAUGACAAGAUCAUUACCAUGGACGAAAAACUGGUCAAAAUAUGGAAGUACAAGACUCCAGCGGCUGUCGGUGGCGACGGCGACAACAGCAAUAACGACAACAACGCAGCAUCGGUCGUGGUCAAUGUCGAGGGGACGGGGAAACUCUCGGACUUUAUCAUGGCAGGUGACUCGGUGGACCCGGAAGGAUACAACAGUGGUGUUUUGCUCUGUGCCUGUGAUCAGCCCAAAAUCGAAUCCUACUACAUACCCAAAGUGGGUCAUGCACCGCGAUGGUGUUCCUACUUGGAAAACAUUACGGAAGAAUUGGAAGAGGCCGACCUGGUUCGAAAGGGUAGCAAAGCGGUAGGAGAUGGCAAUGAAGCCAUUUUUGAAAACUACAAGUUUGUCAGUCGGGAGGAUGUCAAUGCACUGGGAAUCACCAACUUGAUUGGGACACCGUUGCUGCGGGGAUACAUGCACGGAUUCUUUAUGGACUCCAAUCUGUACAAUCGAGUCAAAGCAGUGGCCAAUCCAUUUGCGUACGAGGAGUAUCGCAAAAAGAAACUCAAAGAAAGAAUGGAUGCCAAGCGAUCCAGUCGUAUCGCUCCCGCCAAGAAUGAUGACGACAACAAGAAGAAAAAGGCGGCCAUCAAUGCCGAUCUUGCGGAUCGAUUAGAGAGCAAGGCAGCAGGCAACAAGUCACGCAGUCUUUUGGGUGAUAACCGUUUCGGCGGUCUCUUUAGCAAUCCUGACUUUGAGAUUAAUGAGAACGAUGAAAUGUUCAAGCUUCGAAACCCCAGUGGUGUUGCAGCGGUAUCUUCAUCCAAGUCCAAGAGGAAGGAAGAUUAUGACAGUCAAGAAGAAGACAACUCCGUAGGUUCCGAGGAACCACCAGAGACAAAGCCAAAAGCAGUAAAGCAGAAGAAGAAACCAAUCGUCUACGAGACAGGGGACCUCAAGGAAGUUGCUAUGGAUGGAAAGAUUCGAGACAAGAAGCAGCUUUCCUUGAAAUCCAAAACGAUGGACCUGCCAAUUGCAAAACGCACUCAGCAGGAGCAGAGUCAAGUUUCCGAACACAUUACAGAAGUCAAGGGUCGGUUUGGAGCCAAGGAAGCUGUAUACGUGCCAAAGAGUUCACGCAAGAAGGAUUCUGAAGACGCUGCUGGUGCCGCUGGUGUCGACAAGAGGUCUCGACGGAAAAAGCCGAGAAACAUGUAGAACCAGAAGUACUGUGUAGUAAUAAAACUGAUAGUUUGCCAGGCAGCCAGGCAUGUAGGUCGUUGGGAUGUACCGGUCUAUUGGUGUUGGCUGCGUGGGGCACUGGGUCCUGUGGGUACCUGGUACCAAUACAUACAUGUACAAUUCCAGAAGCGGCCCUCCAAUCUUCAAGAUUUUGUUUUCUCAAACAUUAGGUAAAUCUCCGGUCCAAAGAUCGUGUUUCUUAAACAUGAGGUAAACCUACGCAGGCAAUGUUCACGAUUUCAAGGC